AGCCUCCCAAGGCUGGAAUUGCAGCCCUGGACCUGGAGACCAAGCGCAAUAUGGAAGAGAUCCUACUGGACCUGGGAGGGCGGCCACGGUCCCCAACUCGGCAGCGGGGCAGAGAUCUCAUCCAGUACGAAGUCACGGUGAACCGGCGGGACAUAGAAGCGGUCUGCCUCUGCUGCGGAAGCCUCCAGGUGCACACGCGGCACCCCCUGUUCGAGGGAGGAAUGUGCACCCCGUGCAAGGACAGGUUCCUGGAGGCGCUGUUCGUGUACGACGAGGACGGAUACCAGUCCUACUGCUCCAUCUGCGCGGCAGGGAACAUGCUGCUCAUCUGCGAGAGCCCGGAGUGCACGCGGUGCUACUGCUUUGAGUGCGUGGACGCGCUGGUGGGCCCAGGGGCCUCGGACAAAGCGCAUGGCACGCACAGCUGGGCCUGCUUCCUGUGCCUGCCCUCCCCGCGACACGGGCUGCUGCGGCGGCGGAGGAGGUGGAGGGAGCAGCUGAAAACCUUCCACGACCUGCAGGCGGGUAGUCCCCUCAAGAUGUACAAAACGGUGCCCGUGUGGAAGAGAGAGCCGCUGCGUGUGCUGUCCCUGUUCGGGGACAUCAGGCAAGAGCUGACCAGCCUGGGCUUUCUGGAAUCUGGGUCUGAGGCGGGGAGGCUGCGGCACCUGGAGGACGUCACAAACGUGGUGCGGAGAGACGUGGAGAAAUGGGGCCCCAUCGACCUGGUGUUCGGCUCGACGCCUGCUCCGGGCCACACCCGUGGCUGCCCACCUGGGUGGUUCCUGUUCCAGUUCCACCGGCUGCUGCAGUACGCAAGGCCCCGGCCCAGCAACCCGAAGCCUUUCUUCUGGAUGUUCGUGGACAACCUGCUGCUGACCAGCAAUGACCAGGCUACCGCCACCCGCUUCCUCGAGACGGAGCCCGCCACCCUCCAGGACGUCCGCGGCCGGGUCCUGCAUGGCGCCGUCCGUGUGUGGAGCAACAUCCCAGCUGUGAAGAGCAGGCACACGGCCCUGACCCCCGAGGAGGAAGUGGCCCUGCUGGCCCACAUCACCCGGAGCACAGAGCUGGGCCCCCGUCCCCACACCGCGCUUGUGAAGAAUUGCUUUCUCCCACUGAGGGAAUAUUUCUGUUUUUCUCAGAAUUCACUUCCCCUCUGAAAGUGAGUCUGUCCUGUGAAAAAGGGGAGACUCUUCCUAGAACUAAGGCAGCUGUCCCCGUGUUGUCCUCUUCCCUCUGCAGAUUCCUAUUGUAUCCCAGUGUUUGGCUUUGGGUCUUUCUGGGGGCUGCAGACCCACCCCAGGGCCCCACCCCCACUCCUCUGGAGACAGACGAUGUGGUUAUACUUCCUGGAGGGGUUUCUGUUCCUGUGGCAUUAAAAAUACACUUCUUUGAAGAGUGAUCGUUGGCCAUCGUGGUGUUCUGUGCCUUGGGGUGCAGUGGCGGACACAUCCCUGGGUCCUUCACACAGCUGCUCCAGCUGAAGGCCAAGGCCCUUCGCCCGUCACCACCACACACAGACCCUAAACUGUCGCAGAGCACAGACGUCACCUUUAGCAAACAAAGCGAAGCCAGCUGAGGCAGAUCUCACAAAGCUUCAAGGUGUGUGGCACUGGGGGUGAGGGAGGUUGCUUGCAAGAGCAGGAUCCCCGGGCAACUCUUGGCAGUUCAGCUCCGCUAGAGAGCACAGGCCGGG